AUGCUACUAAAAAACAUAGCAGGUAAUUAUACAGAACAAAUUAUUUUAGACGAGUUCCCAGGGGCUAAAAUACCACAAGUCAAGAUAAUUAAAGUAAAACUCCUGUCAUUGAGAAAAUCCAUCGUCCAGAUCACAGCUGACCGUUUUCACAAAAACUUGACUCAAGUUAAAAGACUAUGCUGCCAAAAAAUUAAAUGGGAAAGACUUUGCAAGCCGAAAAUCAUACAAUGUACUCGAUGCCAAAGAGUUGACCUCACCGCAUCAACAUGUGCUAUUAAUUACAGACAUGGCACCGAAAUACCAAGAAAAAAUUUUUACCACCAAUUGAUUCUCUCACACUCCAAACGAUUCCUACUUUUGGACUGCUGCAUUACGAACCUAAACAUCACCGAUUUUAUCAGCAAUAAAAUAGAAACAGUUGAUUAUGACAGUGACUAUAGAGCCCUAUUACUCUCACUACAAUUAAGUUCACCAAUCCAAGUCGAGCAGUUUCCAAAAAAAUUCAACUUUAAAACAACAGGUCUUAUUACUCCAGAUACUGUAUAA